AUGGCUGAAAGUGAAAUGAGAAGGAUGGAAGAAUUCGGAGAAUCAUCACGAAUCCAACAAGAUGUCGAGUAUGGCGAAUCACAAAUUCAACAAGAUGUCGAAUCUGAAGAAUCAUCACAGGUUCAACCAGUAGUCCAGGAACUCCCUUGGCCAGCCAAUAAAGAAGGGUAUAGAUUGGAAGAAAUAAUUGGAAGUGGUGCAACAUCUACCAUUUAUAGGGCUUUCUGUAUGGAGCGAGAAGCAAUAUGUGCAAUCAAACGUGUUGAUAUAGAAAAGCAUAAUUUAACGCAAUUAGGAAAAGAAAUUAAGGAUUUAAUGGCAUGUAGACAUCCUAAUAUUAUCAGCUAUCAUACGUCAUUUCAAGUGGGAAAAACUAUGUGGAUAGUGAUGCGGUUGCUUGAUUGUGGAAGUUUACGUCAAAUUAUGGAUCGUCAAAUUACAGCAAUGGGUGGCCGUUAUGAGCUUACCAGAGGUGUAUUACCUCAACCCAUAAUUGCUACAAUAUUGAAGGAAACUUUAAUUGCAUUGGAUUAUAUUCACCGCAGCCAACUUGUUCAUGGUGAUGUUAAGACUUCAAACAUACUGAUAUCAUCCGCCGGAAAUGUUCAACUUGCCGAUUUUGGUCCUUCAAUUUGGUUGGAAUCUGAAGAGAGAACAAAGAAAAGUAUGUCGGGAACAUUAUGUUAUUUGGCGCCUGAAAUAGCUGUUUUGGAAAUGGAUGAUUCAGAAAGAGCAUUCACUUAUACGUUUAGUGUUGAUAUUUGGAGUUUAGGCAUAACAACAUUGGAAAUGGCAACCGGAUAUCCACCAUAUCAUAAUAAAAUAGCUACCAUGACAUUAAAAUUGAUUCGAGGAAGUAAUCCGCCAAGUUUAGACACUUAUGAAGUCUGUAAUUAUCGUGAGUAUGGAAAACAAUAUCGUCAUUUUCUUUCAUUAUGUUUAAAAAAAAAUGCAAAGCAACGAUGGUCAGCAAAAAAGCUUCUCACUCAUCCAUUUGUUGCCGGUAAAGCUAAAAAUGCUGAAUUUCUCGCCAACGCAUUACUUCGAACUCCACCUGCUGGAUCAUCAAGCGGUGGACAAAGCUCAAGCAGACGACUUCCACCAAUUACUGAUAAUUUCGAAAUCGAGCCAGCCAAUGUUGAAUGGGAUUUUGAUGUUGAAGAAGAACAGCGUCGAGUCAACCGAAUAAACAAAACGCAUAUUCAUAUGCCAGCAACAAUUCCGCCAAGUGCAGAAAUAUCGAUGUGUAUGAAUUUAACAACGAAAACCUCAUCAUUUCAGUAUGUAAAUAUCAUAGAAUGCAUAGAAAACCAAGCUAGAUCUGAAAGAAUUUUAAUGGCGGAAAAAUUAUUCCACAGUUGUAAAUACUCGAUUGAAGAGCAAGUUUUCCAACUCGUUGAAAAGCGAAAAUUGGAAGCCAGAUAUAUGGUGAUUGUUGUGGCAAACUUAUGCAAAGUUGCUACCGCUGCACAACGUCAGAAUCUCGAAGGCAAAUAUUUCGCGUUUAUUAUUGAAAAACGUAAAACACUUGUAACUGUUCUAGAAAUAUCAAUUAACAUUUGGCGUUAUAUUACAGAUCAUAGGGUACCGCACUAG